AAUUAUUUAGAUUUAAAAUUUCUUUUAAAUUGGCGAUGAUGAAACAUGUUUGUAGCUAUUUUUCUUUUUAUGCCAAGGGUAAUAACAUAGCUCUCGUUACCUGUUUAGAUUUAAAAUUUCUUUUAAAAUGAUCUUUCACUCAGAGGCAGAGUCAUUCGGCGCAGAGCCGCUAGGGGAUGCAGCUCCUGAAGAUGUAGCCCUUGAAGAUGCUAGAGGCAGGUCGUCAUCUUCAUCGUCUAAGAAGAGAGGUCCUACGCGAGGUUCAGAAUUACAUGAGAAGCCUUCAUUGAAAAGGGUAAUUGGGAUUAAUGAAUUUGGGCAACCGAAUGCAGGGGAUGCAAAUCAGAUCGGAUUCAAUUCAAGCAUUGGUGUUCUCACUCGUGCACACAUUCUGAUCACCUACACAGACUUUCGGCAGGUGCCUCCACAGGACAUUCAGAGGGUCAGUGAUAUCUUGGUGUGUAGUUAUGAAUUUUAGGGUAACCAAGAAGCGUGGCCACAAUACGUUCGUGAUCGCUGUAUGGCCUCUUGGAGAAAUUUCA